UGUAACACAACACACGAAUAAACUCUACAGCUUCCAAAUGUCUGUUGCAUCCAAGAACCUCUUUGACCUCCUCGGAGAGGAGACUCCCGCAGCAAACGCUGACAAGAAACCCAGCAACCGUGAGAAGAAGGAAUCUUCUUCUCCUAUGCCUCGUGAAUUGGUUGCUCAAAACAAUUCCUCCAAGAAGCGUGAUCCUAACCAACCUACCCCUCGUGAACGUACCGUUGCUAAGAAGGCCGAUCAACCUCGUAGACCCCGUCGUCAACCUCAAGGUAAUGAAGCUUUCAUCCGUGAAGGUAGAGAGGCUCGUUCUAACAACUUGAGCCACCCUGUGGACUCUGCUGGUGCUCCUACUGCUCGUCGUCCUCGUCGUGGCCGUGAGAACGACCGCCGUAGCCAAACCGGUGUUGUUGAUACCACCAAGCAAGUCAACCGUGGUUGGGGUGAUGCUAUUCAAUCCGAACAAACCGCUGAUGUUGCUGAAGAUGAGGGUAACACCCCCUCUGGUGCUAACACCCCCGUUCUUAACGAGGAAGAGUCUGUCAAGACCCUUGAUGAAUUCCUUGCUAGCCGCAAGUCUACUGCCAAGCCCGUUGGCCGUAAGGUUGAGAGUAUUGACAACGCUAAGCCCCUUGAAAAGGGUGAGCCUGAAGACCUUUUUGCCUCUGUUAAGAAGAACACUUCUAAGAAGAACAACACCGCCAAGGAAUCUAAGCCCAAGAAGGUUGUCCUUGACAUUGAGCAAACCUUCACUACUCGUCCCGCUCGUGGUGGUGGUAAUGCUCGUGGUGGCCGUGGUGGUUCUCGUCGCGGUAACAACUCUGCCCCCAGAAACCAAACUUCCGCUCAAGCUCAAGCUCCUCCUACCCUUUCUGAAACCGACUUCCCUGCUCUUGCUUAAAUGAUUUGAGCCGGUAUGAGAGCAGCACCGUUGCAACAUGGAGCGUUUUAUUGGUCUUGGAUGAUUUUUGUUGUCAAGCGCAUUCAGAAAGGUUAAUGUAUCUUACAACCCUUUUUUUGUCUUUUCAUUUGAGUACAUAUCACUGGUUUUGUAGACUCGGCAAUGGUUUUCGUUUUGUACCUUCAUGUUGAUUAUAAAAUAUGCACGGAAAUUUUUUGUUGUGUGUCUUUUUUCUGCUGAAUGAAUAGACAAGGUCUUGACCAUGUCUAAAAUAGUUGAAGUAUAAGUGUCAAAAAAGUUUUUACUACAUCCUACAAA